UUUUGCCUCCUCGGCCGCAGCCAUGAGUACGCUCAGGCUGCAGAAGAGGCUCGCCUCCAUCGUCCUCCGCUGCGGCAAGAAGAAGGUCUGGUUGCACCCAGAUGAGACCAACGAGAUUGCUAAUGCCAACUCCCGCCAGCAGAUCAGGAAUCUGAUUAAGGAUGGGCUGAUUAUCCACAAACCAGUGACCGUCCACUCCCGGGCUCAGUGCCAGAAAAACACCCUGACCCGCAGGAAAGGCAGGCACAUGGGCAUAGAGAAGCAUAAGGCUACAGCCAAAGCGCGCAUGCCAGAAAAGGUGACCUGGAUGAGGAGGAUGCGGAUCCUGCGCCGCCUGCUCAGAAGAUACCGGGAGUCCAAGAAGACUGACCGCCACAGGUACCAGAAGCGGAUCCUCUCGGAGAACAUCCACAAGCUGAAGGCUGACCAGGCCAAGGCCCGCGGGUCUAAGACCAAGGAAGCCCACAAGCCCCGGGAAGAGUGCCUGCAGGCCAAGAAGGAGGAGAUGAUCAAGACCCUGUCCAAGGAGGAGGAGACCAAGAAGUAA